AUAAGAAAUCGCACAACUGAAUGUUUACAGUGCGUUUAAUCAGAUUAUAUACAUCAAUGUUUGAAUAAAGUUUUUCAAAGAAAAACGAACAUGGCCGCGCCCAUAGCGCGCUCCUGUUAGUGUCUUAUAAAAAUAAUCGAUGUGACGAGUUUUCCUCCAGCUGAGGAAGGAUGAGUCGAUCAACCAGCCUCCUGCAGCAGAUGACUAUAUUCAUCACUGUAGUGACCGGCGGCGGCUGCGCUAUGAUGUAUUACCUCAUGCAGAAAAAUUUUGCAAAAGCAGAGUACUACCGUCUGGCCCUUGAACAACUGAACAAUAAUUCUACCGCCAUGGCCAGUCUGGGCGCUCCUCCUCUAAAGAUCCACAACAUUCACUUAUCUGACCGACACAACCGUAUGGACCACAGCAGCGCUCAGCUGAAGAUCCCAGUUACCGGGUCAAAGAAUGGAGGUUAUCUCUACACAACGUCCACCAGAGACACUCUCAUGAACAGAUGGCACCUCCAGCAAGUGUUCCUGAAGCUGAGGGAAGGAGAGACCAUAGAGAUUUUCAACAGGACAGAAAAUGAGGAGUAACGUCACACAGAAACAUUGCAUCAGUGUUAAACUCAGACAAGAGAGAGAGAGAGUUCCUGUACAACAGAUGAUUGACAGCAUUUUUUUAAGCACAUGUGAUUAUGGCAUUUAUAUAUAUUUAAACGUUAAUAUAUAUUUAUUUGGCAUGUAUGGAAGCUGUGUCAGAUGAUGCACUUUUUUAUGGUGCAGCUUGGAGAAAUUGUGAUUAAUUUAGUAGGUUUUUUGCUGUUUUAUGUGCUUCAUUAAAGAUGGAUGAUGUCAUACACUGUAA